UCCGCCUCCCGCCUCCCGCCUCCCUCCUGCUGCGAGCGCGGCCUCGGCUGGCGGCGGCACCAGCUGACAGGCUGAAGUGGUAAGGGAUCUUGUGGCUGUCAGGAUGGCAGAGGAGCAGGAGUUCACCCAGCUCUGCAAGUUGCCUGCGCAGCCCUCCCACCCACACUGCGUGAACAACACCUACCGCAGCGCACAGCACUCCCAGGCUCUGCUCCGAGGGCUGCUGGCUCUCCGGGACAGCGGGAUCCUCUUCGAUGUUGUGCUGGUGGUGGAGGGCAGACACAUCGAGGCCCAUCGCAUCCUGCUAGCUGCAUCCUGUGAUUACUUCAGAGGAAUGUUUGCUGGGGGAUUGAAAGAGAUGGAACAGGAAGAGGUCCUGAUCCACGGCGUGUCCUACAAUGCUAUGUGCCAAAUCCUACAUUUCAUAUACACCUCCGAGCUGGAGCUCAGCCUGAGCAAUGUGCAAGAGACACUGGUGGCUGCCUGCCAGCUUCAGAUCCCAGAAAUUAUCCAUUUCUGCUGUGAUUUCCUCAUGUCCUGGGUGGACGAAGAGAACAUUCUUGAUGUCUACCGGCUGGCAGAGCUGUUUGAUUUGAGCCGCCUGACUGAGCAACUGGACACCUACAUCCUCAAAAACUUUGUGGCCUUCUCUCGGACUGACAAGUACCGCCAGCUUCCACUGGAGAAGGUCUACUCCCUCCUCAGCAGCAAUCGCCUGGAGGUCUCCUGCGAGACCGAGGUAUACGAGGGAGCCCUUCUCUACCAUUACAGCCUGGAGCAGGUGCAGGCUGACCAGAUCUCGCUGCACGAGCCCCCAAAGCUCCUUGAGACAGUGCGGUUUCCGCUGAUGGAAGCUGAGGUCCUGCAGCGGCUGCAUGACAAGCUGGACCCCAGCCCAUUGAGGGACACAGUGGCCAGUGCCCUCAUGUACCACCGGAACGAGAGCCUACAGCCCAGCCUGCAGAGCCCGCAAACGGAGCUGCGGUCGGACUUCCAGUGCGUUGUGGGCUUCGGGGGCAUUCACUCCACGCCGUCCACUGUCCUCAGCGACCAGGCCAAGUAUCUAAACCCUUUACUGGGAGAGUGGAAGCACUUCACUGCCUCCUUGGCACCCCGCAUGUCCAACCAGGGCAUCGCGGUGCUCAACAACUUCGUAUACUUGAUUGGAGGGGACAACAAUGUCCAAGGAUUUCGAGCAGAGUCCCGAUGCUGGAGGUAUGACCCACGGCACAACCGCUGGUUCCAGAUCCAGUCCCUGCAGCAGGAGCACGCCGACCUGUCCGUGUGUGUUGUAGGCAGGUACAUCUACGCUGUGGCGGGCCGUGACUACCACAACGACCUGAAUGCUGUGGAGCGCUACGACCCUGCCACCAACUGCUGGGCAUAUGUGGCUCCACUCAAGAGGGAGGUGUAUGCCCACGCAGGCGCGACGCUGGAGGGGAAGAUGUAUAUCACCUGCGGCCGCAGAGGGGAGGAUUACCUGAAAGAGACACACUGCUACGACCCAGGCAGCAACACUUGGCACACACUGGCUGAUGGGCCUGUGCGGCGCGCCUGGCACGGCAUGGCGACCCUCCUCAACAAGCUGUAUGUGAUCGGGGGCAGCAACAACGAUGCCGGAUACAGGAGGGAUGUGCACCAGGUGGCCUGCUACAGCUGCACGUCUGGACAGUGGUCUUCCGUCUGCCCACUCCCUGCUGGGCACGGUGAGCCUGGCAUUGCCGUGCUGGACAACAGGAUCUAUGUGCUAGGUGGCCGCUCACACAACCGUGGCAGCCGCACGGGCUAUGUGCACAUUUACGAUGUGGAGAAGGACUGCUGGGAGGAGGGGCCCCAGCUGGACAACUCCAUCUCAGGCCUGGCGGCCUGUGUGCUCACCUUGCCUCGCUCCCUGCUCCUCGAGCCGCCCCGCGGUACCCCUGACCGCAGCCAGGCCGACCCGGACUUUGCCUCUGAGGUGAUGAGUGUGUCUGACUGGGAGGAGUUUGACAACUCCAGUGAGGACUAGGCUUCCCGUGCCUGGUGUCAGAGGGAAGGGCGGCUGGGGCUGCAGGGCAGUGAAACCCACGCAGCCUAGGCCACAGCACUUUACUCCAGGGCAGGGCCCCCUGCCCCUGUUGGCCACAGCUUGGGGGCCCUGCCCUCUUUCUUCACAUCAGCCCCUUGGCCAGCCUGCCGCAGGCAUCUCAGGGCCGUGCAGAUCCCGGCCUGUGGAUUACAUCACAGCAGGAAAUGCUUCUGAAAGGCUUUGGUCUUCCUCAGUGAGCCCUGGAGGGGUUGGCCUUCUCUUUCCUCCCUGCCUAGAUCAGUCCUUAUCCAAAGGGACCUGGGAGCUGACAGCCUGGGCAGGGGGGCUGAGGUACGUGGCAGCCCUCUUUCUGUGAAUGGGGUGGGCCUGUGGGAGUAGCUGGGGUUGGAAGAUGAGAGCUCCUGAGGGGCAGAGGAGCAGAGAUGCAUCAGCUCUCCUGGGACUGGCUCUGUGAUAAAAAGACCCCUCCCGCUGGGUUUUCAGACCCCAUGUUGUUGAUC